CUGAAAACGGCGGAAGCGGAAACCGUCACGUCGUGUCGACUCCUCGAAGAUAGCCGAAGAUAUGUUGGAGCUGUAGGAUCUGGUUUCUGACAUCCUGAGACAAGCAAAUGCAGUCAGGGGGAAGAGAGACCUGCAGGAUGUACACUCACUGAGCCAGCAACUGCACCCGAGGAACAUAAAAAUAAGUCUUUGACAGCACAGCAGGUGGACUUUACAAAAGAUCACGGUGGUUUGAUUCCCCACCUCCCCCGCCAGACACCAUGACGUCCUCUAUGCUCCGCCGACAGCUGAAGAACCUGGUCCAGAACUACUCCGAGGCUGAAGUUAAGGUGAGAGAGGCAACAUCUAAUGACCCAUGGGGCCCAUCCAGCACUCAGAUGGCUGACAUCUCUGAUUUGACCUACAAUGUGGUUGCCUGCAACGAGAUCAUGACGAUGCUCUGGAAACGCCUGAAAGACGACAAGAACUGGAGACACAUCCACAAGUCCCUGACACUGCUGGAGUACCUGUUAAAGACUGGUGACGAUCGUGUGCUUCUGAAAAUGAAAGACAACAUCUACAUCGUCAAAGCCCUCACAGAGUAUCGCUUUGUAGAAAAGGAUGGCAAAGAUCAGGGUGCAAAUGUGAGAGAGAAGGCCAAGGUUGUCCUUGUUCUUAUGGAGGAUGAUGAUAAACUAAAGGAGGAGAGAGACUUUGCUGUUAAGACCAGAGAGAAGACAUCAAAAAGUUCUGCUGCCUCAUCCACUGAUGCCAUCAAGGAUCCCAACUACAAGCCAUGCUACGUGGCCGGGGGCUCAGGGCUUCCAUCCUUAGACAAUAUCCCUUCGGUGGCCGAUUUGACUGCUUCCUUUGCUGCCCGCAAAGAGGAGCGUCUUAGACAGGAAGCUGAGAAGAAAGAAGCAGAGAGGAGGGCCAAGAUGACUGAAGAUGAGCUUAAAUGGGAGGAUGCAGGCAAAGGCAAUGACGUUAAAGGAGGUGCUUGGGGAGGAGAGAAAGCAGAGGAGGAGGUGAAACCAGACACAUGGGGAGCCCCCAAAGAACCCAAGGAGGCCACAGAUCCAUGGGGCACACCCACAAGACCAGACACAACUGACACAACAGCCAGCAGUGAUCCUUGGGGGGCUCCAACUAAAACUGAUGAAGAUCCAUUUGCAGCACCAAAAGUUGACGAAGAUCCAUUUGCAGCACCAAAAGCUGACGAAUAUCCAUUUUCCUCACCAAAAGAAGACAAAGAUCCAUUUGCUGCCCCAAAGAAUGGAGAAGAUCCUUUUGCAGCAUCAAAAGAUGAUCCUUUCAAGGCACCAAAAGACAAGGAAGAUCCCUUUGCUGCUCCAAAAGAUAAACCAGAUCCAUUCAGUUCAUCUAACAAUGAUCCAUUCAGUGCACCCAAAGAUGAUCCAUUUAAUGCCCCCAAAGAUGAUCCGUUUAAUGCCCCAAAAGAUGAUCCUUUUAAUGCUCCAAAAGAUGAUCCGUUUAAUGCCCCAAAAGAUGAUCCGUUUAAUGCCCCAAAAGAUGAUCCUUUUAAUGCUCCAAAAGAUGAUCCAUUUAAUGCCCCCAAAGAUGAUCCAUUUAAUGCCCCCAAAGAUGAUCCAUUUAAUGCUCCAAUAGAUGAUCCGUUUACUGCUCCAAAAGAUGAUCUGUUUACUGCUCCAAAAGAUGAUCUGUUUACUGCUCCAAAAGAUGAUCCGUUUACUGCUCCAAAAGAUGAUCCGUUUACUGCUCCAAAAGAUGAUCCGUUUACUGCUCCAAAAGAUGAUCCGUUUAUUGCUCCAAAGGAUGACCCAUUCAGUACCCCAAAAGACGAUCCCUUCACUGCUACCAAAACACUACCUAAAGAAGAUCCUUUCUCUGCUCCAACUAAACUUAUCCAAGACGAUCCUUUUGCUUCACCAACAACACCACCCAAGGAGGAUCCUUUCUCUGCACCAACUAAACCUAUAAAAGAUGACUCCUUUGCUGCUCCCACAACACCUCCUAAAGAAGAUCCGUUCUCUGCUCCAACUAAACUUAUCCAGGAUGACCCUUUUUCUGCACCAACAACACCACCUAAAGAGGAUCCGUUCUUUGCUCCACCCAAACCCACAAAAGACGACCCUUUCUCUGCACCAACAACACCCCCUAAAGAGGACCCAUUCACAGUGCCAUCCAGCCCACCAAAAGAUGAUGCCUCUGAUCCCUUCAGCGCCCCUUUGGUGAGCUCGCCCCAAGGCAGUGCAGAUGCGUGGGGAGCCCCUGCUAGCCCUCCACCUGCCACCGGGUCAGAUCUGUGGGGGGCUCCAUCUGCUCCAAAGGAAACAAAAGACGGAGAUCCCUGGGGGGACGGGACAAGCGCCUCCUCACCGAUUGAUAGUUCUAAUGCAUUUGGGGAUGCAUCUAAACCAGACAAUGACCCAUGGGGAGUCCCAGCUGCAGCUCCAGUUAGCACAGAUGAUGCUUGGGGUUCACCUGCUCCGCCAUCAGACUCCUGCCCAUCUAGUGACCCCUUUGGAGACGGAGCAUCUAAAAAAGAUGACCCUUGGGGUGCAUCGAGCAGUGCACCUAGCAAUGGGACAGGAAAGCGAACAUCGCAGGGAAAGGAGACAAAUAGAAAGACUGCUUCGUUUCUGGGUUCUGCGGGGGCGUCACUUGUUGACUUGGAUGAUCUAUUUUCUUCUAACCCCAAACCAAAACAGCGCCCCCAUGUCAGCACACUUAACGCCCAGACAGAAGUCAUUGGCAAUUUCAAAGCCAGGGGCAUGACACCUGGCCCUGUGGUCAGACCAGGGGCUGUUGCAGGGAUGUCCCCUCCUGAAACAUCAGCCCCAUACUGCAGACCUUUUGGUUCCACCCUUACUCCCUCCUUUGGUGCACCUUCUCCCACUUUUGGAGCUGCUGAAACUCCCCUAUUUCAGCUACCAUCCCAUACCCUGGGGGUAUCUCACUCCGGCUUAAAUAUGCUUCAGGCAUCUCAGGUGGCUCCUCUGUAUUCAGGAACUGGAAUCGUACAAUCUGUUUCUGUGGGAGGAGUGGGAAUGGUGCAGUCUGGAUCGCUGGUGGGGAAUCCUUUCGUAGACCCCCUCUUGUUUGAACAAAGAAUGGGUCAGUCCAGUUUCUCUGGAGGGAACUGUCAAGCAGGAGUGGCUCACUUGCGAGGGUCCACUCCACAAGCUGGAGGUGGAGUCCCUUUCCAGCCGGAGUGGCUCUCGAGCAGUGGGUUGGGUGAGACUGUGAAAAACAACAAUCCAUUCAUGUUCUGACAACUUGACAGGUUAUUCUUUCCUAUGAGAUGCCGGGAUUAUAUUAAAUGGCCACACUGGGUAGGUUUACAUGUUUUAGCCUCCAGAAUAUCUACUGUUUAAGCUUUUAAAACAUAGCCAUAGGAGUAGAUUGCUUUCCUAUGUACGUUCCAGGCAGCCACUGGUUAUGUUGUGAAUUUUCCAUCAUACUUUUUGUCAACCUUAUAGUAUCAUCAAAUGUUAUUUCAGUUUUGUAGAGAGGGACUAUUAAGGUAACUCAUUGGAAGACUAGGCACAUUUAUUUGUAUAGCACCUUCCAAAUAACAAUAAAAUUCAAAGUGCCUCUCUAAGUGUACAAACAAUAAGCAAACAGUGAUAUUCUGAAAAGGAUUACGUGAAUUUGACCAUUUCUUGUAUUAAAAGGUUGAUUUUCAGCAACCUGAAUGCACCAAGAACAAAGAGUUUCCAAAACUAUUUACGUGACGAGUUCAGUCGUGAAAGUUCCUGCUUGUAACUGGACUAGCAUGUAUUAAUAGCAUUACUUUGACAAAAGAAUAAAUGUUUCAUUGGUUGACUGAACCAAUGGCAGCAUGGAAGGUAAGAAACAGUAUAAACAAUUAUGGUAUACUGUUGGAAAAUGGGCAGUAGUGACUUGUCAGGCUAAAACAUGCAAAGUCUCUAGUGUGAUCCUUUUUAAUUAAAUCCAUCACCUCCCCAGCUUACCCUUUCCUCCCCCUGAGAUCUACUCAUGUCCAAUUAAUAUAAAAGCCAUGGUUUAAAUGUAUGCAGCAUAAUAUAUUAACUGAAAUACACACAAAAUAUGUAUGAAACUGUGUACUUAUUUGAAACAAAGUCAUUUUCAUGCACAGGUCUAAGAAACAGAGAGCACCUUUGUGAGAGUGUCAUGUGGAAAUCCUGAAGAAUUACUGUUUAUGUGAGUGUUGUUUCAUUCUGUGACUGGUCCUUUAAAACACUGACAGGACUGAUCUGGGAAAGACGUCGCUGUAGGUUCUCAUUAAGUGUGCAUGUGUUUGUACAAGGCGGAGUGUGUGUGUGUGUGUGUGUGUGUGUGUGUGUUUGACCUGUAUGCACGCAGUGUGUGUGCAGUAUUUAUUGUGCUGAUGUAAAUAGUGGAAGUAAUCACAGAUAAACCUUGAAUUAUUCUGUAUAUUAAGAGUGUUACAAUCAUGAGUAACUAUUUAUCAAUUUAUUGAUUGAUUGAUUUAUUGCUUGAUUAUUUAUUGAUGCAACAAUGCAGCAGUGGCCUCCAAUAAAGAGAAGUUCAGGUUAACUUUCGUUACAGUGUCAUAAUCAGAACGGUUCCCCUGAUGGUAUUGAUCACAUGUGAUGUCAAGCAUGAUUGGCUCAAACCUGACUUGGCUGCUCAAACAAUGCAUUAUCAAUCAACUCAGUAACCAAUGGUGGCUUUCUCUUCCCUGUUUUGAGUUGUCGUUGUCAUUCUGGAUUCAUUGUGUAACUGAACAUGUCUUCGCUGUAUCUCCUGGCAUUAGACAAGAAACAGAAAUGUAUUAUUGUAUGAUGUUUAGCUACGGUGUUGGCUAAAUAAAAACCGAAUUUGAACAUA